CAGAACCUAAUAAUUAUUUUAUCUUACUGUAGACUAUAAUAUGAACUCAUAUGAGGAAAAGUAGAAUUUACAUGUAACAAAACAAUAGCAAUACCACUGUUAUUUACAGUAAAUAGGAACUGCCGUGUGCCACAAAAUAAAGAUUCACUUUGAACAAAACACUUCCAUGCUAUUGUUAAUUGGAACAAAACAAUUGAAAAUAAGACAUGAUUUAAAAAUAAUAAUAUAUUGUUAUUUAGGUAUUAAACUACCUGGAGCAUCAACUGAAGACUGUUUAUGGUACAACAGAAGGGAUCGGCUACAAGUUACGCGUCUUGUGCAGCGUAUGUCAACCAACACAGCAACCUCAUCUGCAUGAUCUUGAGGAUUGUCUGAAAAAAGAUAAAGUUUCGUGUGGAGAUUUGUCAAUGAAGACUUUUCGUUUCAAAAGACUUUUUUUAACAGAUAUUCCGGAUAAAUCCUUGUCUAUGGAUCCACCUCAUAGUCCCGUGUUCACAGAUUCCACACACAGAGAGCAGAUGUCAGAUGUUCAAGAUAAAUCCUUGUCUACGGAUCAAGUUCGUAGGCCUGUGUUAACAGAUUCCACACAUGGAGAGCGAAUGCCAGAAAUGUCAGGUAUGCAGUUUAAUGCUUUUAAAAUGGUUGUCUCAAACUGGUUCGAUGAAAACAGAUGUCUUAGUAUGUUGAAAGUGUUGUUCAGAGGUAUGGUGGACAAUGUGAAACUAGCAGAAAUAAAUAAUACGAUAGACUUGCUGAAUGAAGUGGCUGUACAUGGUAAGAUGAGUGCAGAGGAUCCUUCUCUACUGUAUGACACCAUCAGAAUAACUGGACAUUUUGCUCUUCAAAAGAAGAUCCAAGAAACACUGCCAUCAUUCCCGGAUGUUAAAGAAGGAACCAUUUCAACAAGUUUCAUUCCACACAGACAAAAACUAAUGAAAUUGGGGAAGACUUUAACUGCAGAUAACGUGACGCAGAUCGACGGAUUGUAUAAUACACCUCGUAAGAUGUAUACCGACAGUUGGAGUAUGAUCACGGAUCUAGAAGACAGACUGGAAAUCAGCGAAGGAAAUAUGACGGUUUUCAUGAAUUCUUUGAUACUGCUUAAGCUUCCUCUGGCAUUGACCGCAUUGACAGAAGAUACGAAGCGCUUCUGUCCCUGAUUCACAUGCUUAAGUGUUGCUGCUGUAUUCAGCGC